AUGAGAGAAAUAAUUAGCAUACACAUUGGUCAGGCAGGGAUCCAAGUGGGUAAUUCAUGUUGGGAGCUUUAUUGCCUUGAGCAUGGCAUCCAACCCGACGGCAUGAUGCCUAGUGACACCUCAGUGGGUGUUGCACAUGAUGCAUUCAACACCUUCUUCAGCGAGACAGGCUCGGGGAAGCAUGUACCCAGGGCUAUAUUUCUUGAUCUUGAACCGACUGUCAUUGAUGAAGUCAGGACAGGGACUUAUCGCCAGCUUUUCCACCCAGAGCAACUCAUUUCUGGAAAGGAAGAUGCUGCUAAUAAUUUCGCCAGGGGACAUUAUACAGAUUCCCUUAUACGAAAAUUGAACUCUCGAGAUGGUUUCCAUGUUCUGCAAAUGCAUAAGCCUACACGUUUUUCACUGGUAUUCGAACCUCAACUGCCAGCUGCACAUUGUAUCACAAAUGAGAGACAAGAUAAUCAACAUCUAGCCACGAUCAUUCUCAUUUAG